AUGCCCGGCGUUCCGAAAUCACAGGGGUGCCAGAGCUGCAAGCUGCGGAAAAUCAAGUGUGACGAGACGUGGCCUGCGUGCCUCCAUUGCCAAACUUCGAGGUUGGUAUGUCCAGGCCCAGCGCAGCUCUUCAAGUUUGUGGACCACAGCUUCCAAGUUCCGGGGAAGAAGAAACAUCCUCGAGCUUCAACCCCACGAGAACAUGGUGCUGGACGCGCGUGGCAUAACUUGCGCCUGCAACGGGCUCAUGGCUCCGGUAUCAGUGUAGGAGGAUGCAGUACUCCAGAAUGUCCAUCUGACCAAAGUCCGAGUCCGAAGGCUGUGUCAUCAACACCUAGUGAACUUUCCUGUAUGCGCCUAAUCUCUCAUCUAGACGGAGGUUUACAAAGGAUCACGCAUCUAGGCUUGACAUUCGUUUUGAAGCUGCCGACGAGGAUACAAGGGAGUGCUUGUCUACGAGACUCGGUCCAACUGUUCUGUUCAGGCUUGGCAGAUUUCCAGCACCCGGAGCCUAAACGAGAUCUCAUGUUGCUACCGGAGUACGGGAAAGCGUUGAGAAGCCUGCGUCUGGCUCUUACGAAUGAUGAAGCGCUCAAGGCGGAGACUCUAGCUGCAGUUGCGCUCAUGGAGCGUGCCUCAGACUUGUUCGAUCGGCAGGGCAAAAAGUUCAACAUCCAUUCCCGUGCUGCCAUUCAGAUGAUGAGACAACGAGGUCCGACAAACACCGAUGAUGAGUUGGAUGUUGCCGUGUGUAAUGAUCUAUAUGGGAUGGAGAUGUCUGGCUGGACCGUGAAGGGUAGCGGGAUUUCGGCGAAGACCACAGGGUGGAAAGAAGCUCUGGAAAGGGCUACAUCGACCCAUCGGAAGAUAAUCAAGGGAGAUAAUUUGGCCAUGUCCGAUUUAGAGACUCUCGCCGAAUGCUGCCGCAACCUCAACGCGCUGAUUUCCGAGUUUCAAAAUACCUCCCGCAAAUCCUUUGAAGCCGAGCCAGGUGCCGAUGCCGCUGCCCGGAACGAGCAAGUGAUCGAAAUGGAAGCCGCCAUAGCAAAGACCAUUCGGAUGUUGUUAGAAUAUGCCCUGGAAGAAGGCGCCAUGACAGUGGUCAAGGACCCCGAUAGCAUCGUGGGAAAGAGAUACGACUUUACCAACCCAAUGCUGUGUCAGCUAUAUCUGGUUGUACUGUUCCUACAGCUCGUCCCACUACACAUCUUGUACGAGACUGAUAGAAUUCUCCACGGUAAGCCAGAUAAUGAUUUAAAUACGAGGCUACGGGCAGUUGCCGUUGAGGCCUGGAUGUGUAUCCCAUACAUACGGUCAUCAGGGUGGAUGGCUGCGCGGUUCCCGGAGGCGCCUCUUUACGCAACUUAUGAAGUUGCCGAUUCUACGGAGAAGGAAUAUAUUCUUGACAUGCUGCAGUAUCUCGACAACAGCUCCGGAAGGAGGUUACCACCAUCACGGGCAGCGCAGAGAGCCUAUGUUCUGAAAAAAGCAAAAGUCCUAAUGGGGCGAGACUCUGAAUCUUUCUAUUUUUGA